CCCUUUCCUCAUUCCCUCGCCAUCAAUCCGCCUCUCCUGAUACACCAACUAAAGAGAAGAUUUAACCACCCCCCUUCAGUUUUUUCCCUAGAAGGAAGCGAAGAACAGCCGCGCGACCGGAUCCAGUUCACGCUGGAUUUUUAAGGAGUAGGGCCCGAUGCACUUUUCUGUUAAAGAAACCCUCAUUCUUCCGCCUCGUAGUCCGAGAAACGCUGAGGCGGCAGAGAAGGAAGAAGGCGCUGUCCCGGGUGGGAAGAAGCUUUAAACGCAGCGCGAAGGAGGGGGCAAAUCAGAGGAGAGUCUUCCUCCUGACGCUACUUAAGAAAGGAGAAGACGAGAGGAACGGCGGCUGAAGCUGCUCCCGUCUCGCCUAGCUCGCAAAGAGUGGUUUGGAGUAGCAGGAGUCUCGCAGCGCCCCCACACAGCGACUAAUUGAUGCCACCCACCAGGGCUUGUAACGCGGGUCGUCGUCGCUCGCUUCGGUUCAUGCUGCUACUGCUGCCGCCUCCUUACUAGCCGCGCUCUCUUGCGCUGCCUCCUCCCCCUCUCCCCCUCCCCCUCCCAAUGGCUUCGUUCCCCGAGUCGGAUUUCCAGAUUUGUCCGCUGUGUAAGGAGAUGUGCGGCUCGCCGGCUCCUGUCUCCUCUAAUUCGUCCACUUCGUCGUCCUCUUCUCAGACUUCAAACUCUUCCGGCGGCGGCGGAGGGGGGUCCUCAUCCUGCACCCCGUCGAGGCGGCUCCACGUCUUGCCUUGCCUGCACGCUUUCUGCCGCCAGUGCCUGGAAGCGCAGCGCCACCCAACCGCGAGUAACACUCUCAAGUUGCGCUGCCCCAUCUGCGACCAGAAGGUGGUGAUCUCGGAGCCGUCGGGCAUGGACGCGCUGCCUUCCUCCAACUUUCUCCUCAGCAACCUGCUUGACGUGGUCGUCGUGGCCGCCGCCGCCGCCGAAGACCAGAAGAACAACGGUCGUCCGGGCGGAGGCGGCGGCCAAGGAGGCGGCGGCGGAGCGGCGAGCAACAGCAAUGCUAACAGCCGGCACCCUCAUUCCCGCCAGCAGCCUGUUCAGCAGCAACAGCAGCACCGCGCCGCUGCGGGCGGCUCCUCCCCGGGUUCUGCCGCCGGCUCGGCGCCGUCCGGGGGAGGCGGUGGCUCCGCGUUGCUGCUUAGGCGGCCCCACAGCCGACAAGGCGAGCCCCGCUGCAGCUCGUGCGAUGAAGGCAACGCCGCCAGCUCCCGCUGCCUCGACUGCCAGGAGCACCUGUGCGACAACUGCGUGCGCGCCCACCAGCGCGUUCGCCUCACGAAGGACCACUUUAUCGAGCGCUUUGGCCCAGGGCCGCCCGCGACGGCGGGAACCGGCCCCGCCUCGGCAGCCUCCCAGCUCGCUCUCAGCCCGCCCUAUUCCGCCGCGCCUUACAACAUCCUCUCUGUCUUCCCGGACCGAGUCACCUACUGCCAGCACCACGACGACGAGGUGCUGCAUUUCUACUGUGAUGCUUGUUCUGUUCCCAUUUGUCGGGAAUGCACCAUGGGACGCCAUGUCGGCCAUAGCUUUAUCUACCUCCAAGAAGCUUUGCAGGACUCCAGAACUCUUACUAUUCAGCUGCUAGCAGAUGCACAACAGGGCCGCCAAGCUAUUCAGCUAAGUAUUGAGCAAGCGCAAGCUGUAGCAGAACAAGUUGAGAUGAAGGCAAAAAUGGUACAAUCUGAAGUGAAGGCUGUGACUUCCAGACACAAGAAGGCUUUAGAAGAAAGAGAAUGUGAGCUGCUGUGGAAGGUGGAAAAAAUUCGCCAAGUGAAAGCCAAAUCCCUCUACUUGCAAGUUGAGAAGUUACGUCAAAAUCUUAAUAAGCUAGAUAACACCAUCAGCGCAGUCCAGCAAGUCUUAGAAGAGGGCCGGAACAUGGAUAUCCUCUUGGCACGGGAUCGGAUGCUUGCACAGAUGCAGGAAAUGAAGAAUGUAAGAGGCUUCCUGCAGCCUCAAGAGGAUGACAGGGUCAUGUUUACUCCUCCUGAUCAGGCACUGUAUUUGGCCAUCAAGUCUAUGGGGUUUGUCAGCAGUGGAGCCUUUGCUCCUCUGACCAAAGCCACUGGAGAGAGUCUCAAACGUGCUUUGCAAGGCAAAGUAGCCUCUUUCUCAGUGAUAGGUUAUGAUCAUGAUGGUGAGCCUCGCCUUUCUGGGGGAGACAUGAUUUCAGCUGUUGUAAUGGGGCCAGAUGGAAAUCUCUUUGGUGCUGAUAUUUGUGACCAGCAAAAUGGAACUUAUCUUGUAAAUUACAGGCCACAGAUGGAAGGGGAACAUCUGAUCUCAGUCAUGAUGUGCAACCAGCAUAUAGAAAACAGCCCAUUUAAAGUCAUGGUCAAAUCAGGACGCAGUUAUGUUGGCAUUGGAUUGCCAGGGCUCUGUUUUGCUAGUGAGGGGGACAGUGAUGGAAAGCUGUGCCGCCCCUGGGGUGUUAGUGUAGACAAGGAAGGCUAUAUUAUUGUUGCUGAUCGUAGCAACAACCGCAUUCAGAUCUUUAAACCUUGUGGGGCUUUUCACCACAAGUUUGGCACCUUGGGUGUCAGACCUGGCCAGUUUGAUAGGCCUGCUGGCGUUGCCUGUGACUCCUCACGGAGGAUUGUUGUGGCAGACAAGGACAAUCAUCGCAUCCAGAUCUUCACUUUUGAUGGCCAAUUCAUUCUCAAGUUUGGGGAGAAAGGAACCAAGAAUGGGCAGUUCAAUUAUCCAUGGGAUGUAGCAGUUAACUCUGAGGGAAAAAUCCUGGUGUCCGACACAAGGAAUCAUCGGGUUCAAUUAUUUGGACCUGAUGGAGUGUUCCUGAAUAAAUAUGGUUUUGAAGGAGCACUCUGGAAGCACUUUGAUUCCCCACGAGGUGUGACAUUCAAUCACGAGGGCCAUCUUGUCGUGACUGAUUUCAACAAUCAUCGUCUUCUAGUAAUUCGCCCUGACUGUCAGUCAGCCCGUUUCCUUGGGUCUGAAGGCACAAAUAAUGGUCAGUUUUUGCGCCCACAAGGUGUGGCUGUGGAUCAGGAAGGUCGUAUUAUUGUGGCAGAUUCCAGGAACCACCGUGUUCAGAUUUUUGAGCCAAAUGGUAGUUUUUUAUGCAAAUUUGGCACUCAGGGAAGUGGCUUUGGUCAGAUGGACCGUCCUUCAGGUAUUACAGUCACCCCAGAUGGUAUGAUAGUUGUGGUGGACUUUGGAAACAAUCGAAUCCUCAUAUUCUAAUCUAUGUAUAUGUGUACUAAGAAGAAACUGUCUCAGGGAAAAUCCUUUUAAGAGAUCUUGCCCCACAUAAACACACAAAUAUUCCAAUGAUAGUUCAAACCUACCUCAUCUUUAAUUUUUUUAUAGAUGAAUGUAUUUCCCUUUAUAUCUGCAGGGGUUGAACCUGUGAUUAUAUGAACUCUUAAUCUACCUCAUUAUCUUUAUGUUCCUUUACAUCCACAGUAUACACGGUGCAGUAUAAAAUUAAGCCUCUUUUUCCCUAAAUGGGACACUCAUGCACAAGCUUGUUUCUGUGCACAUUAGCUGGUUGUGUGAUAAACUUUAUAGAUUCUGCCAAAGAGGCACACUCAUCUUGAAAAAGAAGAAAAAAAAUCCGUAGUUUUAGAUUUUUAAUUGUUUUAUAUUCAGAUUGUACUGUGUUUUUCUUAUUGGAGAAGGUGAAGGGAGCUGUAUUUUUAGAUGCUGCUGCAGCAGAGAAAUCUUUUCUUUGUUCUCUUUUUUUAUACCUCAGUGCAUUUGACAUACUGUUCCACAUAGCAUCUUCUUUGUCACUGGUACUUUUCUGCAUGUGUAUUUUGAAAAAUGCAGUAAUUUCACAACACAAAAACAAUAUUUGAGAAUGUACAAAAUGUGAUGUAUUCAACCUUAUUUUGGUAGUUUGGACUUUGGCCCAAAGGGCCUCAGGGCAAAACCACCCAUACAUAAUCUGGAGAUCCUAGAAACAGCUUUUUUAUCUGCUAGGCAAAGUUGCUCUCUACACUUGGAAACUUUAGAAGUUACCUCUGUUGUCGUCUAAGGAGCUACUACAUGGGUGAAAAUGUGUCUCCCCAAAUAGCUUCUGACUUCAAAAGGAUGUUUGGAAUGUAGCUUUGAUAUAGUUGGAUGUUCAAGGCAAAUGAGGAUUUCCUCUUAGGCUAGUGUUUUUUCUCAUAACCUUUCUUCCAGUUCUUUUUUUUUUUUAGUCACUUCCCUUAUGUAUUGUCUGUGUGUGUCUAUAUAUGUGUAACAAAUAUGUGGCAAUAGCCAUUACAAUGAGUCAGAUGUUUAGGCAUGAUAUGAUAUUUCUGUUUUGAAGUUUUAUGUUGAAGAAAUUAGCUUUUUGUAAUGUAGCAUUAUCAAGACGUGUGAUUUUUCAGGUAUAUAUAUAUCACAGUAAGUUCAAAUUUGGAAUUCCAGGGUGCAUAUCAGAAAUUAACAGUAAGGAAAGAAAGUAGAUAAUAGUAUGUAAUCUGAGUGGAUGGUUUCUGGCCUUUUUCAGCACCCCUCCCCCCUAUUAAAUGGAAUAUCUACAUGGGAAAUUCAUCCUGACAGGAUAACCAUGUAGCUCCCUCUUUGGGAUAAAGAUUGUGGAAAGUGAACCACCCUAAAUCCUACCUCAUUUGCUCCAGCGCCAAAGAAUGCCAUGUAAAAUGGGGGUGCAUUUCUAAAACCAAAACUAGUAAAUACCUUGAAUUCAAUCAGCCACAUUUAGCACUGAAAAUACUGAGAAUAUUUAUACUUCUCCAAGAAGCUCUGUAACUCAAGUUUUAUACCAAAUCAUAGGAAUGUAAUUCCUUCCCUGCUUUGUCAUUAACCCCUAUAUAUCGCUAUUGAUAUUUGAGCCAAUAUGUGCUGAGUUACUAUGGUGCUUAGUCUCUAUGCUAAGGCUUGUCCUUGGAGUCAUGUCUGUCAGGUAGUCUAAUGUCUUUUAUUUACGAUCCUGCUUGGAGAUCCAAAAUACUGAUAGAGCAAUCAGCAAUCCCAGAGUUUUCAAAUAGAUUACUUCUUUUUUUAGAAUUGAGUAAUCAAGGGGAUAAUAUGAACAUUUCAUGUAGUGACUGAAAUACUCUUUAAUGAAAAAUAAUGCUUGCUAUCCAACCAUAAUUAAUUACUGUCAGAUCUAUCCUUGAAUGUUUUGACCAGAAGAUGUUAUGACUGCACUUUUUGCAUUUUCCAAGGCAUUACUUUCUAGAUGUGAUGAAAUUGAAUUCAUUCUUUAACUGGAUGGCUACAUUGAUAAAAGGGAUAGUUAACUACUAUAUCCUUCUCCCAGAGAUUCAGGGCAUUCACAAACUUACAAUUUUACAAUCCUUCACUGAACAUCUUAGCAUUUCUAAUGUUUUAUGCUAUAUAAAUCAGUUGGGCAGACCCAAUGGUCUCCUUUAGUCACCACCAAUAUCUCUGAGUACAUGGAUUCAAAUUAGGCUUGGGGUAGAGUUGAUAAAAUAUAAGCUACUUUCAAUAUUUUAUAUUGCCGCAACUGAUAUAAAGCUAAGUUGCAAAGGAGAUUCACUGCUAAGGGAUAAAAGACUAGGUUAUCUGGUUAAGAAGGAUUGCCUUCUUAACCAUGGGCAAACCAAUAUACUGGUAGUAUAUGAUGGAGGUGGUAUUAAUACUUUAAGAUAACAUACCAUGAUGCUUGAAAAUAUGUUCUUCUCUUGGACACCAAAUAUUCUAUUUCAAAGGGAGGGGGGUUCUAUUGCCCCUGCCUUUAAUAAAUAAUAAAGGCAGGAUAUAAAAUAUAUAAGUCAUGUCCCAUAUAAGUCAUAUUAUGCUUGUCAGAAACUGUUACUGGAGUUGAGCAUUGUCACUGUUCAAUGGAAAUUGAAGUUUAUCUUGAUGCCAAACUUAAUAUAAGACCAGUGCAUAACCUAUGAAGACAUUUCAGAUUUUAGUUUGUACUUGAAACUCUAACGUUAGUUUCUCCAAAAUGGCUACCAAAGAUAACUGGUUAAAAGCUUUAUUGUUGACAGAAUUCUUGAUCAUCUUCUAAUGGAAGCUGUUAUUUCCAUUGAUUCCAACUUCGUUUUCUGCUAGGCUUACCAUAAACUAAGCUAUUUCUAGAAGUUUUUGUCCAGUAACUUCUGUGCCAUCCAUUCUUAACCUCAUAAACUGUAGUUAGUAUGAUUACUGUAGUUCUAUUUUUGAAAGACAUACAUAUGCACACUUACAUGCCUACAUUAAGGGGCUAUACAAGAUUGCAAAGAAAGGAACCCUAUCGGGGAAGAAGGUAUAUGUUCUAUAUUUGUUCAUCCACAAAUACUUUGUUCCAUGCUAUUGCAGAUGUAUAUAUCUGCUAUUUUGGCACAAAGUAAACAAUUUAAAAAAGUAAAAAAUUUAAAAAGUCUUCAUACUAUCUUCCUCCUUGUGUAUUAUUACGUUUUUAAUUUUUAUAUGCUGCUGUUUCGCUGCCAGAUUUACAUCUGUCCAGUUAUUGCAAUAGGUAAUGGAAAGCACAUGUAAUCUCACUUUAAGGUUUUAUGGAAACUUCUCACAGGAGUAUUUAUAAUACAAUGAAUUAAAUAGUAUAAUAGAAAAUAUUGUCAAUGUAAAAUGUCCUCUAGGGGUCUGGUUUUAUUUGGAAUGGACUUACUGGGCUCCUGAGCACAAACUGAUUACAGAUUAACACUAGGUGAGCAAAGGUUUGAAAACAGCUUGUAAAUGUGUUUAUUCUUCGGCUCUUGGCUACUAAACUAAUAUCUCAUUUACAAAAUAUUUGUUAUUUAUAAAGUUUAACCUACUUUUAGGGACUGGUUGUGCUAUAAAUAUUUGAAUUUGGCUAAUCAAUAAGCUGUUAGGUUAUUUAAUUUUCUAAUUAAUUCUUUUUCUUGAAAACCCAAAAGGAAGUCAAGAAGUGCUGUUAAAUAGCAGGUACUUCAACAGUAAAUUGAACAGUGUACUCUUAAAUAAACUUUAAUGGCAUUUGAUAAUUCUAUAAAUGAUACUCUGCCUAAGAUUAAUCAGAACUGAUACUAAAGGAGGUACUUCUUUACGGUGUCGAGCUGGAUUUUGAAUUCAGUUCAAAAUUAAUUUAUUGAAGAAAAACUUCUGUUUCAUUUUACCCACAUGUCUGAUUUCUUCUGAAGAUUAUGAGAUUCUUAUAUUUUAUUCUGGUUCAAAAUAAGUUCCAAAGCAUUUAUGUAGUGUUUUUUUUCUUUUUUAAAUGGUCAUAUCCAGAUGGUGCCAAAAGGUAAUGGUUGGUUUUUUUAAAGAAAAUUUAGACACCACCCUACCUUCAGACAGUUUUAAGCUGCAUAAAAAGUAAAUAUUGGUACCUAAGACAACAUGUUUAUAGCCCUUAAGUCUUUGGGAAAUCAGCAAACCCAAUUUGCUGUGGUAUAGGAUGCUUGAAUAAGUAUGUUUUAAAUUCCUACCUCACUGUUAAUUUUAUAAACCCAGUAUCUACCUCAAAGUUAGCCUUCAGACAAUAGAGGAGAAAUUGGAUAUUCAGCACGGCAAGAAAACCACCUGAAAGCCAGGUAGGCUUUUUUUAGUUCCUGCUCCAAAGAGCAAUAACAUCCUGGCUGUUUUCUUUUAAUAUUAGGCCAUCUGAACUAAAAAUGGACACCUAAGGCAAAUCUAUUAAUCAUCUUUCUCUAUGACCUUAUGUCUAGGGAACAACCCUACCUCUAUUUCAAUACUUAGCCUAGUUGGUUGGCAUAACGAAUUACUGUAUUUUUUGGUGUAUAAGAUACACUUCCCCCCCGAAAAGUGGGUGAAAAUGUCUGUCUUAUAGCGCGAAUGUUGCCGAAGCCCCACCCCCCUGCCAGCCCCCACCCUUCAGCCUCUGUCUCCCAGCAGUUUGCCUCCUUGCAGCAAACAGCUUAAUCAGCUUCAGCACAGCCUGAUUAGCACGAGCAGCUGAUUGGCAAUUGGAUCUGCCUCCCAGAAUACCACCAAUCAGCUAUUCCAGGCUGCGGGGAUCACCACUGCCCAUCGCCUCUGCCACCUAUUGCUACCUCCAUGUGUCCUAUUUUUUAUUUCUGCGGGCCCCAUUUUCGGCCCAUUCCAGGCGUCGGGAAAUGGGGCCAAAAAUGGGGCGCAUGGAGGCCAAAAAUGGGGCAUGCAGAGGUGGCAAUAGGUGGCGGCAGCUAUGGGUGGUGGCGAUCCCCACAGCCUGUAACAGCUGAUAGGUGAUAUUCUAGGAGGUCGAUCCAACUGCCAGUCAGCUGCUCCUGCUAAAUCAGGCUGUGCUGAAGCUGACCAGGCUGUUUGCUGCAAGGAGGCAAAUUGCUGGGAGGCAGAGGCAGAUUUUUUUUUCUUGUUUUCCUCCUGAAAAGCUAGGGGCGUCUUAUAGUAUGGAGCAUGUUAUAGUCCGAAAAAUACGGUAACUCUACAGAAUCAUUGUAGGUUAUAGGCCUUCUCUCUGACAAAAAGAAAUACAUUGUAUUUAUAGCAAGAUAGAAAAGCCAUCUUUUGGAGAUCUGAAAAUGCCUGGCUAAUUGUCCAAAGCAGUUGAGUCUGUGAAAGGAAAUAAUAUUCUCCUAUAUUAACAUACAGUGAAAGGAGAUUUAGAAUUCUUACACUUAUUUUUUGUUUUACAAAUUUUCAUAUAGCAGCUUAUUUAGGCAGAGAAAAAGGAUUGUAACUCAAAUCAGCUUAAAUUGGAUUAUUUCAUCCAUUGUUUCCCACAUGCUGCAAAAAUACAAUGAAAGCACACUGUGGACACCUUGUAGAUUAUCACCAUUUCUUCAAUCUUGCUUAUAAACGGAGUUGGAGAAAUGGGCACAGAAAACUUUUUAGAAUUAGUUGAGUUUGAAUGGAAGAUGUCUUUUGGGGAUUCCUUUAAGCCAUUUUACAGCAUGACAAACAUUAGGUCAAUUUCCCCCUCCCCCCACACCACCACCACCAUCCUCAAGUAAUGAUUCUAUAGGAAAAAGGUUUUUUAAAAAUGUUUAUGUAUCUGCAUGGUCUUAGACCGCUUCAAUGAUUGUAUCAACUUACAAACUCAGGUUGAUUUUUUUUUUUUUUUUUUUUUUGGUGGGAAGCUCCUUUCUUCAGAGCUUUGGUCACUGAAUGUUUAGUGUACGUAAUAGGGUGUGGUAUUUUUUAAGUCACCAAACCUGUAAGUUCUUUUUGUAGCAUUAUAGAUUUCUUAAGUCCAUGUAGCUUCUUUCCCAUGGGAGAUCUUGUUUGUAGCCUCCCUUCAUAUAUACCGUAUAUAUAUAUUUUUAAAUAGGUUAUGUAAUGUGUGUUCACUCAUACAAACUGAUGGCUUUUCUACUUUGUAUGUGAUAUUCCUUGUACUGUGCCUCACCUAUUACAUAUUUGUUUAUAUAGUGCUAAUCCUCCCCCUUUUUUUAAAGUAGCAGUAGUAUGACAUGCCUUUUUUUUUCCUUGAAAAAUUUUCUUGAAAAAAGCAUUUCCAGUAUUGUUCCGUGCCUAAACCCUGUGGUUGGUCCAAGACCAAAAAAAUUUAAAAAUCAGCAUAGAAACUCUGCAAACCAAAUCCUCCAUUGAUUAGUCUUAACAUAAAUCCAUUUUCUCCCAUUUUUUAAAAAAUGGGAAUUACUUAAGAUUCUGCCUAUCUUUGGAAAAUACACUAUUUUUAAAAGCAAGUUGAAUUUUUAGUGGCUCACAUACUGCCACACACACAUCGGAUUUAUUAGAAGAAAACAGAUUCUUAGAGCUCCUUCUAUGUAUUAUUGUUGGAUUGGCCAAGGUUAUUUUCUCAAUUGAAAGCUGUUGAUUUUUAAAAUUUGGUCAUUCAAACUAUUCCUGUUGGAUUGCAGUGUGAUAUGAGAAAGGUGAGGCACAAGCUUUAUUUGAACAAGCUAAAAUGUUAGAACUUGUGGUUUUUUUCAAAUGGAGGCUUCUGAAUGUAUCUUUGUGGUCCAUGGAGAAGGCUGAAGGAUGUAGCAAGGAGACGAUGUAUCAGCUACUAGCAGCCUUAAAACAAAGUCAUGGUCUCCAUGGACUUUAAAAAUGUUUCUAUGCAGUUUAUUUUAUUUUUGUUUAAUUAAAUAAAUGUGAUUUUCACUUGAAA